UUUGUAUUAUCAAUUAUCAUUUAUUACUGUAUAAUUCAAUAUUUAAUAUUUAUACUGUAGGUGUCUGGUGUAUAUACUUUAUUUUUAUAUUGUACUAAAUUGUAAAUUGGUUUGGCGGACAGCGAUUUAAUUGCUUAGAUAGAAUAGUAUAUUUAUUCACGUUUAUAAUUAAUGUACUGCUAGUGUUUUUGGUUGAUGAAUUUAACCAGAAAAAUAAAAAUGGACACCUAUAACAUUUUUGAAAACUAGUGUUUAUAGUAUUAUGUAAAUCAUUCAAAAUAUUUUGUGCUUGAAAAUUGUCUUUACUUCAUCAUGGCUACUGUUGAAGAAAUUGAUGAAGCAGAACAACUUAGAUUCUUAGCAUUAAAAUCUAUGGUCAGAAGAUCCAGCAAAAAAAAAAUUAGUUCUAAUACUGAUACUGAUGAUCAAGAUAUAUUGUUACUAAGGGCAGCUGCCUUAAAAACAAUUAAUAAUAAAAGUUCUCUAAAUAAUAAAGACGAAAAUGUUGUAAAAAAUAAAUUAGUUAAUGAAAAAAAAAGAAGUAUAAGUAGCCAGGUGUCUCCGUUAGCAAGUAAAAAAAGCAUGAAACUGACUGACAUGAAAAAUAAUAAUUUGGUUAACAAUUUUACUUACAACACUAGUAUAGGAAAUACUACAAGAGUUUCGAAAUAUGAUUCUCAACAAGAAUGUAAAAGUAAGCAUAAGCUUGAAUCAAACAUUGAAUCCCAAAGUAAGCCUGAGGUUAUCAUUAAAGAUGACAUGAAGAAAAUAGUAAGAAAUGGUAGUAUUCAGCUUUCAAAUUUGGAUUCAGAAACGUUUAAUGAAACUAUGAUAUUACGUAUAACAUUUAGUUCAUCAGAAAGUGAUGAUUCAUCAAGUGAAUGUGAUGUAGUUAAAAAUAAGGUAAUAACGCAGAAGAAAAACAUCAACAAUUGUGCAUUAAAAUCACCAGUUCCAGGACGAAAUGUUGGAGAUAACCAUGUUGAGGCAACCAACGCUAAAACAUUAGAAGAUAAUAAAUUAAAAAUGAACAAUUGUAUGCAGCAAUUAUGCGUACUUAUGAGACAUUGUGAAUCAGAAAUUGAAAAACGUAACCAACAAGUAGAAAUAUUAUUGCAAGCAUAUGAAAAAUAUCAAAACCAUAGUGAGUCAUUGCGUUCCAUACUUCGGUCUAUGAAAACAGUUCGUGAUGAAUUGUCAUUAUACAGUUCUGCUGACCAUUAGUAUCAUUGAAGCCUAAGUUCAAAUCCUUACUUACUCAAAAAAAAAAAUGUUUUAUAAUUAUUAUUUAUAUUUGUUUUUAUUUGGUAUCUUAAAAUAUACUACUUGUUUUUAUCCAAUUAGAUACAAACUCAGUAUGACUGGGUAUUGUGAUUGACAAUAUUCAUAAUUGUCAUUGUAUAUUUUGAAUAUAAUAAAUAAUGAAUAGAUUCCAAGUUAUAAAUUGUAUUGCCAUUUACAUGAGUAUAUCUUAUUUAAAAUAAAGGUUAGGAUUUUGAAAUACUGUAUAUUAUAAUAUGUUAAAUAUAUAAUGAUUAUCUGUUUGUAAUAUAUUGAUGGCAAUUGUCUGUGAAUAAAUAGCAUUAGUUAAACUAUUUGACAUCUUAAAAA